CUCUGACAGGGAGUCCACCCUGACCAUCCUCCAGGUCCUCGGAGAUCUGCUUUCUGUUGGUACUGACCGGAGGAUUCGCUACAUGAUCAGCAAAGGUGGCAGUGAAGCCCUUUUGCAGACCCUGGUGGACACAGCGAGGACAGCUUCUCCAGACUAUGACAUUCUCUUGCCCCUCUUCCGACUGCUGGCCAAAGUUGGCCUACGAGACAAAAAGUUUGGACAGAAGGCACUGGAGUUGGAAGCACUUGAUGUGACAUUGAUUCUGGCCAGGAAAAACCUGUCGCACAGCCAGAACCUCCUCCACUGUCUCUGGGCUCUGCGUGUGUUUGCCUCUAGUGUCACCACGGGAGCCAUGCUGGGAAUUAAUGGAGCGAUGGAACUGCUUUUCAAGGUCAUCACCCCUUAUACCCAGAAGCGCAGCCGAAUAAUCAGGGCAGCCACUGAAGUUCUGGCAGCAUUGCUGAAAUCCAAGUCCAACAGCCGCAGGGCGGUGAACAGAGGCUACGUCACCGGCCUGCUCAGGCUGCAUCAGGACUGGCACAGCCAUGACAUGGCCAAUACCUGCGUGCUGACCCGCCGGGCACUUCUGCUCUGCCUCAAGCACAUUGCUGCCCUCCGAUCUGGCAGGGAGGCCUUCUUGGCAGCUCAGGGCAUGGAGAUCCUCUUCAGCACCACACAGAACUGCCUGGAUGACAAAAGCUUGGAACCUGUCAUCUCCAUCGUGCUUCAGAUCCUGAGGCAGUGCCACCCAAAGAGUCCUCUUCCCUUGGUCACAGCCAGCAGUGCUUACACCUUCCUUGUCCCAGGGAUCAUCGCCUCUGAACCUCCAAGUGUUCUAACGGAAGAGGAUUUUGAAGAUGAUGGUGAGGAAGAAGUGGAUAAAGAUUCGGAUUCUGAAGAUGUGAAAGAGGAAGAUGAUGACUUGGAAGCAGAUGUGAACAAGCUGAGUUCCAAACCUGGUCCUGACCGGCCUGAAGAGGAACUGAUGCAAUAUGAGGCGAUGUGUCUUGAGCUCUCCUGUAGCUUUGAGGAACUGGAGUCCAAACCUGGAGAUGAUUUGAACUUUGAAGACACUCAGUAUGCCAAUCACCACCACAUUCCGACUGCUGUCUUCCCGAAGAGGCAUUCCUUGAAUAAGGACCAAAGCUCGUGGGGGCGAGAAAGAGAAGACACAGUCCAGUCUUCCCUUCUGAGCAUGGUUAAGAUGGGGAGGUCCUCUGUGCAUCUAGCCUCCAAAAAAGGCCCUGGAAUGAACCCAUACCGAAAUGCACAGUCCAAUGGUCUUGGAAUAGAUUCUUCUGGAAAUGAAAUCCCUGACAUUCAGGCUUUCCUCAAAGAGGAUGCUUGGGAAAUAGAUGUGAUUUCCCACCCAAGGAUGAAUGCCUCCUUUUCCAAUUCCACUAGGCCUAGAGAUACUGUGGAAGUGAUAGAUAAGCUUCUGCAGACGCAUCCCCAGCAUGUCCCCUUCCAUGAUCCCUAUCUUUACUUGGCCAAAGCGAGAAGAACCAGAUCUGUGGCUGGCUUCAAGAUGAUGGCAUUUCCUGAUCUCUGGGGACACUCUCCACCUCCCUCUGCCCAGUCCAUGUUGGAACGCAAAUGUGGAAUCCAAAGGAUCAAGAUAUUUGAGGAUGUCCGGAGGCUCAUCCAGCCAAGUGACGUUAUAAAUAAAGUCGUCUUCAGUUUAGAUGAGCCUUGGCUUUUGCAAGACACUGCUUCCAAUUGUUUACGGUUCUUCUCCAAGUUUGAAUCAGGAAAUCUUCGCAAAGCCAUCCAAGUGCGUGAGUUUGAGUACGACUUGUUGGUCAAUGCUGAUGUGAACCACACCCAGCACCAGCAGUGGUUUUACUUCCAGGUGAGCGGUAUGAGGGCUGCUGUCCCUUACCGCUUCAACAUCAUCAACUGUGAGAAGCCCAACAGCCAGUUUAAUUACGGGAUGCAGCCAACUCUGUAUUCUGUGAAGGAGGCUCUUCUUGGCAGACCCACCUGGAUACGGAUGGGCCACGAAAUCUGUUAUUACAAAAAUCAUUAUCGCCAGAGUGCAGCUGUCACAGGGGGAGCGUCUGGGAAGUGUUAUUAUACCCUCACCUUUGCUGUCACCUUCCCGCACGAUGAAGAUGUCUGCUACCUGGCCUACCACUAUCCCUAUACCUACACAGCCCUCAUGACUCACCUUGACAUCCUGGAAAAAAGUGUGAACCCCAAGCAGGUCUACUUCCGGCAAGAGGUUCUCUGCCAGACGCUAGGAGGGAAUUCGUGUCCACUGGUGACCAUCACGGCCAUGCCCGAGUCGAACAGUGCUGACCAUCUGGAGCAGUUCCGGAAGCGUCCAUACCAGGUGAUCACCGCCCGAGUUCAUCCAGGAGAGAGCAAUGCCAGCUGGGUGAUGAAGGGGACCUUGGAGUUCCUGGUCAGCAGUGACCCUGUGGCUAGGCUCUUGAGAGAAAACUUCAUUUUCAAGAUCAUCCCCAUGCUCAACCCAGAUGGUGUCAUCAAUGGCAAUCACAGAUGCUCACUGAGAGGAGAGGAUUUGAACAGACAAUGGCUCUCUCCCAGUGCUCAUCUCCAGCCAACCAUUUACCAUGCCAAAGGACUCCUCUACUACCUGAGCAGCAUCGGCCGGAGUCCUGUGGUCUUCUGUGACUUCCAUGGCCACUCCCAAAAGAAGAAUGUGUUCCUUUAUGGUUGUAGCAUCAAGGAGACCUUGUGGCAAGCAGAGUCCACUGUGGGCACAUCUAAUCUCUCAGAGGAUGUCAGCUACAGGACUCUCCCCAAAAUCCUUGAUAAGCUAGCACCAGCAUUCACAAUGAGCAGCUGCAGCUUCGUUGUGGAGAAAUCCCGAGCCUCCACAGCCCGGGUAGUGGUGUGGAGAGAGAUGGGGGUGUCCAGAAGCUACACCAUGGAGAGCAGCUACUGUGGCUGCAACCAGGGCCCCUACCAGGUAUGUGAUGCUGUGGGAUACCCAUGCUUUUUGUACACCAGCAGUACACUGUAA